AUGGGGUUCGGCCGGCAGCUGGUAGCUGCUGACGCGUACCCGGCAUCGCCGCUCGGCAGAAGCGUGACGCGAGGGUUCGCCGUUGAACUUUAUCUCGACACGGCUUUGGAGAACCAGAUACUCAGGAUUUGGAAUGUGCUGCCAAGCCGAAAGCUGGGGAAAUACCUGAUAGAGACAUCAGCCAGGCCGCAUGUCAGGCAAUCCCAGUGGCAGGGGAAUUUCAUCGGCUACAACCCCAAGGACCAACCCUCCAUGGCUGAUGUCGCCAAGUGGUUGACCUCAUGGGUGGGGCACCAUAAGCCCAGUGCCUGA